CAUCAAAUCGCAGUCCGAACUCAGUUCCUUUCUCCAGCGGCAAGACUGAAGGAAGCAGAGAAACCACGCAGCACCAGAGCACAGUCCACCGGCUCGUCUCAGUAUGCAUGAGUAACUCAGUAAGUUAUAUGAGGCAGAGAAAUACCCGGUGUUGAAGGAGGACGACAUACCAGACGGAGGUCGGCAUAUCUCAGGGUCGUCAAAUUGGCCGCUCCUGUACAAUUAAACGAAAGCAUGGAGUGAGGAUUAUAUAGAGAAUGAAAAAAAAGGAAGGCGAGAAGAAGGGAGGCUCUUCAUAUUUAUGAUCCUCGGUUGUACACAUCUUAGAACUGCCCAUCCUCCACCUCCAACCCAGAGAGGUAAAGCAUCAAGAUCCACAUAGAAGCGAAGCCACCAUGGCUCCAGAAUUCUGUGCGUCACUUUGGUGAGCGUGGGGCCGUCAGAGGACAGAAGACAUGUUGGGACAGAGGGCUGGGCACCGCAUUGAAGCUUGCUGUAGUAACCAUGGAAACGGUGUGGAGGAGUUUGGCCUACAUUGGCAUCAUCGCCAUGGUUGCCAGUGGAGUGGCAGAGAGUUGGAGUCCUGAGGAGUUUGCUCAGUCUCAAGCUGAGUUUCUGUCCAGCUUGGGCCAGUAUGAGAUCGCCAUCCCAGUGCGUGUGGGGCCACAUGGGGAUAUGCUAUCGGAAGAGGAGACCUCUCACAGGAAUGGCAGACACCGGCGUAGCACGGAAACGCAGAACGUUCCAGAGCCGCAGCUGUACUAUCAGCUCUCCACGUCGAGUGCUGACCUUUUGCUCAACCUCACACUGCAGGGAGGACUGCUCUCGCGACAGUUCCGUGUGGAAUACUGGAAGAGGGGCCGCUUGGCUUGGAGUCACCCAUACUUGCCCAACUGCCACUAUGUGGGUCACUUACAGCACCAGCCUCAAUCUAGUUCUGUGGCUCUAAGCAACUGUAAUGGCCUGCAAGGGGUCAUUGUAGCUGGAGGUGAGGAGUACCUUAUCGAACCCCUGGUUUCUGCUCAAAACUUCACUAAUGAGGAUGGCAGAGAAGGGCACCCCCAUGUGGUGUACAAACGGUCGUCUCUAAGAUACCAAAACAUGGACCAGUCCUGUGGAGUCAUCGAUGAAAAGCCUGGUAAAAGCUAUGGAUGGUGGCAGAGAACGAUAAAGCCCUCACCCAACCAGAUGGGACGGGGCCAGUUACCACUGAAGCGUUCUGUCAGCCGAGAACGCUACGUGGAAACCCUGGUGGUGGCCGAUAAGAUGAUGGUCAGCUAUCACGGCCGUCGCGAUAUCGAGCAGUACAUUCUGGCUGUCAUGAAUAUUGUUGCCAAACUGUUCCAGGAUUCUAGCCUGGGGAAUGCAGUGAACAUCGUUGUGACGAGGCUUAUUCUACUGAUGGAAGACCAGCCUACACUAGAGGUAAACCAUCAUGCAGGGAAGUCUUUAGACAGUUUCUGCAAGUGGCAAAAGUCCAUCCUGCACCGGAAUGGACAUGGAAAUGCCAUCCCUGACAAUGGAAUCGCUCACCAUGAUACAGCAGUCCUCAUCACCAGGUAUGACAUCUGCAUCUACAAGAACAAACCCUGUGGAACACUUGGUCUGGCACCUGUUGGCGGUAUGUGUGAGCCAGAGAGAAGCUGUAGCAUCAAUGAAGACAUUGGUCUGGCAACUGCUUUCACCAUUGCACACGAGAUAGGACACACGUUUGGGAUGAAUCAUGAUGGUGUUGGCAAUGCAUGUGGGGUGCGCAGUCAGGAGACUGCUAAACUGAUGGCUGCCCACAUCACCAUGAAGACUAACCCCUUCGUCUGGUCUGCCUGCAGCCGUGAUUACAUCACCAACUUCCUCGACUCUGGCAUGGGUUCCUGCCUCAACAAUGUUCCCCCUAAGCAGGAAUUUGUUUACCCCACCACAGCCCCUGGCCAGGCUUAUGAUGCAGACGAGCAGUGCCGCUUUCAGUACGGAGUGAAGUCUCGUCAGUGUAAAUACGGGGAAGUGUGCAGUGAGCUUUGGUGCAUGAGUAAAGGGAAUCGCUGCAUCACCAGUAGUAUCCCAGCAGCCGAGGGCACCAUCUGUCAAACCAGCACCAUCGAAAAAGGGUGGUGCUACAAAAGAGUGUGUGUGCCAUAUGGAACACGUCCGGAGGGGGUAGAUGGUGGGUGGGGCCACUGGUCGCCAUGGGAGGAGUGUAGUCGCACCUGUGGGGGUGGAGUCUCAUCCUCUAUUCGCCAUUGUGACAGCCCCAGGCCAACAGUUGGAGGAAAAUAUUGUCUGGGAGAGAGGAAGCGCUUCAGGUCCUGCAACAUUGAUGAGUGCCCAGCCGGAUCUCAGGAUUUUCGGGAGAUUCAGUGCUCAGACUUUGACAGUGUUCCCUUCCGGGGGAAAUUCUAUACCUGGAAGCCAUACAGGGGUGGUGGAGUGAAGUCAUGUUCUCUGAACUGCCUGGCAGAGGGCUAUAACUUCUACACUGAGCGCGCUCCAGCUGUGGUGGAUGGCACACCUUGCAGGGACGACUCUCUGGACGUUUGUGUCAAUGGCGAGUGUAAGCACGUGGGAUGUGACCGGAUCCUAGGCUCGGAUGUUCGGGAAGAUCGCUGCCGCAUUUGUGGAGGAGAUGGGAGCAGCUGCCAGGUCAUGGAGGGGGUCUUCAAUGACUCCUUAUCUGAAGGAGGUUAUGAGGAGGUGGUCAGAAUCCCCAAAGGAUCUGUAUUCAUACACAUCCAAGAGCUCAACGUCUCUCACAAUUACUUGGUGUUGAAGAGUAAAGGGGACCAGUACUUCAUCAAUGGCAAGCUGACCAUCGACACGCCAAGACGCUUCGACAUCGCGGGAACCACCUUCCACUACCGCCGACCUGCCAAUGAACCAGAGACCCUGGAAGCAAUUGGACCCACCAACAUGACCCUGAUCGUCAUGGUGUUGGUCCGUGAAGAAAAUCCUGGAAUCCUUUACCGUUUUAACCCACCUGUCAGCAGAGAUCCCCUGAGCAGUUAUGCCUGGCAUUAUACAUCCUGGUCCCGCUGCUCUGCACUGUGUGCUGGAGGGGUUCAAGUCCAGCAGGUAGUGUGCAAGAAACAAGCUGAUCUCUCUGUGGUGUACAACCACUUCUGCGACAAGAAGAACAAGCCCAAAGACAAAAAAAGACCCUGCAACCAGGAGCCCUGCCCUCCAACGUGGUGGACAGGAGACUGGUCAGAUUGCAGUCGGAGCUGUAACGGAGGAGUGCGUACACGGGAAGUACUGUGUAAGAGAAAAAUCUCUGCUACAGAGGAGAAAGUCCUGGAUGACGCGGCCUGCCCCCCUCCACGGCCUUCUAUUACUGAGCCCUGCAACAACCAAACCUGCCCACCAGAAUGGCAUGCCCUCGACUGGUCUGAGUGUACUCCAAGCUGUGGUCCAGGUUACAGGUACAGAGUGAUUUUGUGCAGAAGUGGAGAGAACGGUGAAACACUGCCAGAGUCUGAGUGCCCGAAACAAAGCCGCCCGACCACCAGGGUGCGCUGCAACAUACAACGUUGUCCUCCACCUCAGUGGGUUACAGGACCCUGGGGAGAGUGCUUGGCUAGGUGUGGUAUGGGUCAGGAGGUUCGUUCAGUGCAGUGUCUGACACACUCUCGCCAGCCAUCCAAUGAGUGCCCUGAGACUCAUCGUCCCGCCUCCAUGCAGCAGUGCAAAAGCAAGUGUGACAACAGUGGCCCUACAGAUAACCCUGAAGAGUGUAAAGAUGUGAACACAGUAGCAUACUGCCCUCUGGUGCUCAGGUUCAAAUUUUGCAGCCGUGCAUACUUCAGACAGAUGUGCUGCAAAACCUGCCAAGGACACUGACCUCCCUCUCUCUCUCUCACACACACACACACACACACACACACACACGCUCUUUAUGUCUCUCUCCUGCCCCCAUUUCUUCCCUCUCCGACCCUCCCGUCUUCUUGCAUGGCCAAAACCGCCCAUGCUCAGCAUUCCGCUGGAGGAGUGCUGUUAACCACUGGCAGACUGACAUCAUCGUGAGAGAAAGCACGGAAGAAAUGAGAGCGAGAGAGAGACGUGAAAAGAAAGAGAGAGAGAAAGUCUGUGCUGCUCUCUUUCUCUCCCUCUGACCAGCUGCUUCGGCACUGCUGCUGUGAAAACCAGUCUGCUCAAAAGACAUCUGUCAAUGUUACUUUUGCUCUUCCAUGAGGUGCUUUCGCCCAUCACUGUCAUACAGAGAAGUGUUUGCGUGAACUGUCACAGCUGUACUGCUAAAUCUCAGUGAAUAAUAGUUGUCUAUUAUUGUAAUGUGAUAAAAUAAGCAUUUAUAUACCAGUUGUCCUUAGUCUCAAAGGUGCACUCAGUAAUUUUUGUGUGUGUUUGUGUGUAGUGCUGGUCGUUUUGGACUUAAUACUGAUACCUAGUGUUUUGGAUG